AUGAACGGGACGGAAGUGGAAGAUAAACGAGAUAGGCUAGAAAUUAAUAGAGAUAACCCUCAAAUUGAUAAUAAUAAUCUAGAAUCUACUUCUAUAGAUGAUCCUAGAAGCUCACCAGCCGCAAGCUCACCACCACCAGCUCAGAAGUUAGCUCAUCAAUCAAAUACCUCCCUUACUAGCUUGGGUGUUAAUCCCUCCACCAUGCUAUUGAGCUCAUCUCUUGAUACUCUCGCUAAUACCAGAGAUGGCAAGAAGUCCCCGCUUAAUGAUGCUAUAAAUAAAGCGAAAGAUAGUAUAGCGAGUGAAGAACCUGAUUUAUUAACGAUCUUUGAACCUUUGAGAUUAGGUUGUUACCAUAAAUCUACCCUCGCUACAUCGGUAGACGCAAUCUCCAAAUUAGUUGGCAGUAGCUUAUUCAGGAACGUGGAUUUACAGGGACAGAAUAAUUCUAAAUCCAGUCUAGCUGACAAGAUAACCAUGACCGUCUGCGAUUGUUACUCAAAUAACAGCUCACUCGAUGAUCAAAUCAUUCUGCAGAUCGUCAAAGCUCUCCUAGCUAUUGUUCUGUAUAACAAUCCUACUGGUCUCAUUCACCACUCUACACUCCUCUCUGCAAUAAGGACAGUACAUGAUAUCUUCAAAUAUAGUAAAGACCAAGGUAAUCAGAUGAUCGCACAAGCAGGUUUAACCCAGAUGGUAAACGCCGUAUUUUCACGCUUGAGAACUGCCUAUCCUGCACAUUCACAAUCUUCUUCAACCCGCGGAACACCAUCAAUCAAUACACAAGCGAUGGCAGAACCUACUCUAUCUAUUCAAGAUGAACACAGUAAGAGUUUAGAAGAGGAAGUUACACAUGAAGAUACACACGAGAGUUUAGAUGAUGAAUUAGCUGAACAGGAAGUUGACGAAGAUGGUAAACCAUCAUUACCAACAGAGACUGAGCAGAUGACUCUUAGUACAUUCGAAGGAAGAAGAUCAUUUGAUGCAACACCAGCCAAUCAAUCAACAGAUCCACUCAAUGCACCAGAUGAAGAAAUCUCCGAUGAGGAGUUACUCACGAAAGAUGCCUUUUUGGUCUUUAGAGCGUUGUGCAAACUCAAUAUGAAAUCACUUCAUAAAGAUAGUGAAAAAGAAAUCCAUUCACCGGAGUUCAGAUCGAGACUGCUCAGUUUGCAUCUCAUCAAGACAAUUCUCAACACUCAUAUUAGCGUUCUCUUGGAUAAGAGAAUUAUCCUUCAUAGCUCUUCAAAUAAUGAGCCAACGCAACUUUUCGAUGCCGUCAAACAAUACCUCUGUCUGAGUUUGUCUAGAAAUGCACCAAGUGCAAUUCCUCAACUUUUCGAAUUAUGCUGUCAAAUAUUCUCAAGAGUAUUGGAAAGCAUGCGUAUGAGAAUGAAACGUGAAAUUGAAGUCAUCCUCAGAGAAAUCUUUCUACCAAUUUUGGAACUCAAAGAGAAUUCCUCGAAUAAGCAAAAGACUAUUCUCUGCUCGACCAUCCUAAAGAAGCUCUGUCAAAAUCCUCAAGCUAUCGUUGAGUUGUAUCUCAAUUACGACUGCGAUAAAAACAGCCUUGAGAAUAUUUACGAACAUUUGAUGAAUGCAUUGUCAAAGAUCGCUUCAGCUCAUUUACCACCAGGACCAAAAGAGGCUAGUGGCACAAGUACAACUGAAGCGUUGACCAGCUUCUUCAGACCAUCAAAGAAUGAAUUACCGCCAAGUCUCAACACUGAUUCACUUAUGCCAGCACCUGAUGCCAACCUAUUAGCAGCUACGUUCUCAAAUCAAGCAGCCGUACAAGCACAUAUUCUUGAUGUCGCCGUAAAGAGACAAGCACUAGAUCUAAUUAGAAGCGUACUUGCUAGUUUGGUUUCUUGGGCUGAACGUGGUGCUCUCCCAGUUGCUACUGUUGCCGAAGAAAAUCACCAAUCAGUUGAAGGUUCUCCAGUCGUUGGUGUUGCUGAAUAUUCAAGUGGUCAUUCAACACCAGAAAUAUCAAAUGCCUUUGAUUUCUCAAAUGUUAACUCAGACGACCCAACACAAUUUGAGAGUGCAAAGGCCCGUAAGAACAUCCUUAUUGAGGGUAUCAAGAGGUUCAAUUAUAAGCCAAAGAGAGGUGUUGCUUUCUUACUCGAACAUGGUUUUAUUAAAUCAAGUGAACCUAAAGACAUUGCACGCUUUUUGUUAACUACUGAUGGUCUCAAUAAAGCUCAAAUUGGUGAGUACCUUGGUGAAGGUGAAGAAGAAAAUAUUGCCAUCAUGCAUGCAUUCGUUGAUGCGAUGAACUUCAAUGAGAUGUCAUUUGUUACAGCAUUAAGAGCAUUUUUACAGGCAUUUAGAUUACCGGGUGAAAGUCAAAAAAUUGAUAGAUAUAUGCUCAAGUUUGCUGAAAGAUAUGUUCAACACAAUCCAUCAACACUGUUUGCAAAUGCUGAUACUGCUUAUGUUAUGGCAUAUUCAGUUAUUCUUCUCAACACAGAUGCUUACAACCCUCAAAACAAGCGUAGAAUGACUAAAGAGGAAUUUAUCAAGAAUAACAGAGGUAUUAACGAUGGUAGUGACUUACCAGAAGAUUACUUGAUCGGAGUUUACGAUGAUAUUCAUUCAGACGAAAUUAGAAUGAAAGAUGAAAUGUAUCUCCAAAAUGCACCACCACCACCAAACAGCAACAUUGUCAAUGUACUUAGUGGGGCAGAUAGAAACUACCAAAAACAACAAAAUAACAUCCGCUCUGAAGGUAUGGCGAAUAAGACUGAAGCACUGUUUAAAUCAAUGCUUCGGGCUCAACGUAGAAGUGGUAUGAAGAACAGUGAAACUUACUUUAGUGCAUCACAUUAUGAACACGUAAAGCCAAUGUUCGAAGUCGCCUGGAUGGCUAUAUUAUCGGCAAUGUCCGGACCAUUACAAGAAAGUGAUGAUAAUGAGAUUGUUUUACUUUGCUUACAAGGAUUUGCAAAUGCUAUCAAGAUAUCCUGUUUAUUUGAUUUAGAAUUAGAGCGUAACGCAUUCGUCACAAUGUUGGCUAAGUUUACGCACCUUAAUAACCUUGCAGAGAUGAAACCUAAGCAUGUUGAUGCUGUCAAGGUAAUUCUUGAAGUCGCGAUGCAUGAGGGUAAUUACCUUAAAGGCAGUUGGAAAGAAAUCCUUGGAUGCGUCAGUCAACUUGAACGUUUCCAUUUGAUUAGUAAUGGUGUUGAUUUGAGUUCUGAGACUGGUAAUAUUGGUGGUAGACAAAGAUCUGGUAGCACAACUAGAAAGUCGUCAACUGUCCCUCGCCAUUUGGUACCUGAUGAAUCUAUUGCUGCGGAUGGUAGAGCUUUACAAGUAACAGGUAGAGGCGAUAUGGUAUUUUCAGCAACUCAGAUGUUAACAGGAGAUGCUAUGGUCGACUUUUCACAAGCACUUGCAGAGGUUUCCUGGGCUGAGAUUCAACAGUCUGGAAAACAACAACAUCCACGUUUGUUUAGUUUGCAGAAACUGGUGGAUAUUUGCUACUAUAACAUGAAUCGUAUUCGUUUAGAAUGGAGCAAGAUCUGGCUCAUUUUGGGUGAUCACUUUAAUAAGGUCUGUUGUCAUCCAAACCCAUCAGUUAGUUUUUUCGCCAUUGAUGCGUUGAGACAACUUGCUAUGCGCUUCCUCGAGAAGGAGGAACUUGCGCAUUUCAAAUUCCAAAAGGACUUCUUGAAACCAUUCGAGCAUACUAUGAUUCAUAAUCCAAACCUUGAUGCUAAGGACAUUGUUCUUCGUUGUCUUCAACAGAUGCUCCAGGCACGCUCUGUGAAUAUACGCUCAGGAUGGAGAACCCUCUUUGCUGUAUUCUCAGCAGCAGCCAAGUCAUCUAACGAGAGGAUUGUUUCGCAUGCUUUCGAUAUAGUAAACAGUAUCGAAAAGGAGCAUCUUGGAUAUUUAAUUAAAUAUGGAUCUUUCAGUGAUCUCGCUGUUUGUAUUACGGACUUCUGUAAAGUUCCUUACCAGAGAGUGAGCUUACAAGCAAUGGAGUUACUUCGCUCAUCAAUUAAUUCAAUGUUGGUUGCGCCAGAAUGUCCACUCAGUAGAGGUGAAGUUGGUGUUGUACAGUCGCAAGACAAUCAACAACAACCUCCAGUUGAUGAUCCAAUGGUUCGCUUCUGGUUCCCUAUCUUAUUCAGCUUUUAUGAUAUCAUAAUGAAUGGGGAAGAUCUUGAAGUUAGGAAUAUUGCCCUCGAUUCACUCUUUGCAACAUUGAAAAUACACGGCUCUUCAUUCCGUGUCGACUUCUGGGAUACAGUUUGUCAAAAGGUCUUAUUCCCUAUAUUCUCCGUAUUAAAGUCGCCGGUCGACUUAUCUAGAUUUAACACUCAUGAGGACAUGACAGUGUGGUUGUCCACAACCAUGGUACAGGCUUUACGUAAUUUGGUUGACCUUUACAGUCACUAUUUCGAAAUAUUGGAGAGUAAAUUAGAAGGUCUAUUGGAGUUAUUGAGAGCAUGUAUUUGUCAAGAAAACGACACACUCGCUCGUAUUGGAUCAUCUUGUUUACAAUCUUUGAUUGAAAGCAACGCAGAAAAAAUUAGUGACGAACGCUGGGAAACUUUAACUUCAGUAUUUACUACGCUCUUCCAAAACACACUCGCUAGUGAACUCUUCAAUGAAUCACUGAGACAAGAUUUGGAUUCAGCUGAACAAACGCCUGCUGAUCCAAGUCAAAGUGGAUUUGUACUACCACUUCCACUUACUUCUACUACUAUUGAAGAGGGUACAGUCUUGAGAUCAAAUGAAAGACGCACACUAUUUAAGCAAAUCAUCACCAAAUGUGUACUGCAAUUGUUACUCAUUGAUGCAGUCAGGGAGUUACUGUUUAAUGAUAAAGUCUACCUUGCCAUACCACCACAACAACUUCUAAGAUUCGUUCAUCUUCUUGACGAAAGUUACAGAUUUGCUAAUGCAUUCAAUAAUAAUCAAGAUCUUAGAAUGGGAUUGUGGAAGGUAGGAUUCAUGAAGCAACUUCCAAACCUCCUGAAACAGGAAAGCAGCAGCGCAUCAACGCUCAUCACACUACUUAUUAAAAUGUACAAAGAUACCCGUCAACAGCACGUUGACCGUCGUGAAGACAUAUCAGAAGCUCUUAUUCCAUUCGGAUUGAGCGUAAUUGACGGUUUCAAUGAACUUGACUUUGAAACUAAACAUAGAAAUAUCGCAGCUUGGACACCAGUCGUUGCAGAAAUUAUUUCAGGCGUUUGUUUCUUUGAAGACGAGGACUUUGAAAAAUAUUUAUCAACAGUAUAUAAACCAAUUACUGAUAUACUAACGAAAGAUAUGGGUUCAGAAGUUAGAGAAAGUUUAUGUAAAUUCUUCACUAGGGUAGGUAAAAUGAAAGUAAAUUAG